CCGAAUCCCCUUUCUUUCCAUUUUCCCUCGCCGGAGUCACAGAAUUGAGAGAAGGACAGAGAAGAGAGAAAUGGGGCAGGAAGAGGAAGACGAGACUCCGGCGGAACCUCCAUCGGCGGCGACCAAAAAGGACAGGGACGAAGAAGCUUGGAAUCUGCGUAAAGACAGACUAAUCCUCGAGCUCGCCGACAAACUCAUCACCGGAGGGGAUCUCUCUACCAAGAUACAAGCCGCGCGAGACAUCCGCAAGCUCGUCAGGAAAUCGUCUUCUGCCAAAACCCGCUCCAGAUUCGCCGCCGCCGGAGUCAUCCAGCCGCUGAUUCUCAUGCUCCUCUCGCCCAAUCUCGAUGCUCGUGAGGCUUCUCUCCUCGCUCUCCUCAACCUUGCUGUUAGAAAUGAGAGAAACAAGGUAAGCAUCGUGACAGCUGGUGCAAUCCCCCCACUUGUAGAAAUCCUCAAGUUUCAGACCAGUAGCUUAAGAGAGCUAGCAACAGCUGCAAUCUUAACACUCUCAGCUGCUGAACCUAACAAGUCAAUCAUCGCGGCUUCAGGAGCUCCACAUUUCCUUGUCCAGAUCCUCGCCUUGGGCUCCGUGCAAGGCAAAGUUGACGCUGUCACAGCCCUUCACAAUCUGUCCUCUUGCACGGAAGAGAACUCUUCACAUUUGAUACUCGACCCCAAAGCAGUUCCGCCUCUCAUAAGCCUCCUCAAAGAAUGCAAGAAGUACUCCAAGUUUGCAGAGAAAGCCACAGCACUCCUCGAAAUACUUGCCAAAUCAGAAGAAGGCCGAACCGCUAUAACAGAUUCAGAAGGUGGGAUUUUAACUAUAGUAGAGACAGUCGAAGAUGGAUCGCUUGUGAGCAUGGAACAUGCUGUUGGUGCUUUGCUCUCUUUGUGCCAGAGUGACCGAGAUAAGUACAGGAGACUCAUCCUCAAUGAAGGUGCGAUUCCGGGCCUUCUACGCCUUACAGCUGAAGGCACCUCUACAUCACAAGAGAGAGCGCGAACGCUUCUUGACUUGCUCAGAGAUACUCCAGAGGAAAAAAGGUUAGCAUCGUCCGUUAUUGAGAAGAUGGUUUAUGACAUUGCUUCUCGGGUUGAUGGUUCCGAUAAAGCUGCUGCCGAAACAGCCAAGAAAUUGCUGCAGGACAUGGUUCAAAGAAGCAGUAACCAUAUCCAGCAUAAGUCUGCAUCGUGUACAUGCUCGAAAGUGAAGUCUUCAUGAUGCAUAUUUGCCCUCUUGCUGAUUCAUAACCCUGGGCGAUCAGAGUUUUAUUCUGGAGCUGUUGUUUUGUUUGGUCUCAGUAUAAAACUCAAUGUGCCCUUUAGACCUUAUCAUUGACAGGAAAGAACUUUGAGAGUCUGUUAUACUGAACUCGCAAAGAGUGUGUCUAGGGUGGAAGCUUUCCCUUUUCUUUUUGUGUUAGUUAUGUGACAUCGCCAGUGUGUUGUACUUGUACAUUGUAACCUAGAUUCUUGUAUAGAAGACAUGCCUUUAAUUAGACCAUUUUCAAACUGAAAUUAUCUUGGAGAAAGAUUUCAACGCAUGGGAAAGACUAUAGACAGGGAGUGAUGGGUUUCAAAGCUGUUCUAAUUAUUCUUCUCAUUAAUAAACCACGAACCAAAUU